UCAAAGGCCGAAUGCUUCGUUUGUUUACAUUGCAUACUGAACCAAACAAUUGCUCCCCUACCCGUACAAAACGAUUAUUUCGGACGCACUUGUUUCCAACUAUUUCUGGCUAUAUUUCUACUCCAUUAGUCAAUAGUUUGCCAAAAACCCGGCAAUGAACGAGACAAUGAAGAGAUCACGGAAGAAGACGAUCUGGAUGACCGAGGACGAAACAUUGAAUCUCAUCUCGGUCAUACGGGAGCAUCGGUGCCUGUGGGACCGGACGUACCGGAUCAACAACCAGCAGCCGAGCCGGGAAGAAGCGUGGGAGACCGUCUCGCAAACCGUGGGCUGCAGCGCAUACGACCUGAUGGAAAAGUGGCGAUCUCUGCAGUCCUCGUACAGGAAAUGCAAAAUGCGUUGCAGAACUGUUGGGCCCGACUCGGUAACCUGGGUGUACUUUCCAGCCAUGAAAUUCCUGGACGGACCAAAUGACGACGAAGAACAGAGCAGUAUAAAUCCUCCAAAGAUGCGCGUGGUGUGCAAAGGUCCCAACAAUAUUAAUCCAGUGCGCAAAAUGAAGCUUAAAAUGCGAAGGAACCUAUUUCCAAACAGCCUCACACAUCGAAAACCGAUGCAGGACAACCCUCCCACGGCAUUGAAUCAACCCGAGCCACCCGUCGAUGGUGUAGUAAAGAAUGAGCCGGCAAUGGAUUCACCAUCACCACCAGCACCGCCACCCGAUUUCGCUGCCGCUCACAAUGAGGUUGAGAGAUUGGAAGAAUGUUCAGCUCGCCCUCCCGAACCGAAACAGAUUCCUCGCAACCAAACGCACCAUUCGAUCAGUAUUCAACCGCAUGCCGUCGGCGAGCAGGAUGAAGACUUUUUCUACGUACAAGGUGUAGCGUACCUACUGAAACAGUUUUCGGCUCCAGUGAAACGAAAGCUUCAGAUUGAAAUUCACGACCUGAUCGUAAAGGCGCAGAAGCGGCAGUACGAGCAACAGUUCGGAGAUUCAUUUGACUAACGGCAAAGAAGUAUAAGUAGAUGAUACACGAAUGACAUGACUUAUUUUAAUUGAUUAAACUCUCAAACUACGGAAAGGAAACACAGCUCCUGACAGAUAUUGAAUUAAGAUGGUACAACAAUUGAAAAUAAAACUUUUCAACAACUCAAA